UGCUGACACAAUACCCAACAAAACACACCAACAUAACACUAAUAAAACGAAAAAAAAAAUAAAACACUUUUUUUCAUAAUGCCAAUACACAAUUCGCGACUAGAAAAGCAGGUUAAGUUUAGGGUUCUUCCGGAGCCCAUAUCAGACAAAGCUGUAAGUUUACCAACUUCUGUAAAAUCGCUCAGACGCCAUCAGGAUAAUAUCAGAAGAGAAAAAGUCGCUAAGAAAAUUGAAAAGCAAACUGCAAAUGGUCUAACAUCUUGUUUGAUCGCCAGCUCACCCGAUUUACGGAUCGGUGGAGGUGCUAAUGAUCCAGCCCCUCGUAAUGCUGGAAAAUUACCUCGCACUGACAGCGAGUGUCAGUUCAAGGCCCCGGGAUUCCGUUUCCUUACGGAAAGAGACACGUCUAUAAACAGCCAUGAGGUUAAGAUGAGUCCUCGCGUGGUCAUGAAGAAAGAAUUAAAGCACAAAUGCAAUUUCUUUUCCAAGCCUGAGGACACGCGACCCUUCAAGAAUAAAAUUACCCAGACACUUUACAGGGAAUCCUCUGCGCAGACUAUUAGUUAUUUGCCGGAAGUUUUAGAAACAAGGAACUUCAAAAAAUUGGAACUGUUUUCCCUGCCAUCUGUAUUGCCAGGAUCAAAUAAACCAGGGCUGCAUGAGGUCGAGGUCCUGGAGCGUGCCAGGAAGAGAUGGGCCUUUAGCGAUGCGCUGAAGGUACACUUUCAAAGACUCCUUUGUGAGGCCAGGAAAGUGGCUAUAAAAACUGAGUUCAAAGAGAUUUUGGAAGCCUUCGAGUGGGAGCAGUGGAUCCAGCGGGAGGAGGACAUCCAGGAGUGCCAGAUGAUGCGUCUCCAGAUCGUAAUCAAGAUGUUUGACAAGAGGGAGAAGGAAAUGCACGCCGCCUCAAAGUCACGUAUUGAAAAAGCCUGCGAACGAAUCGAGGAGCGACGCCUAGCUGGUUUGCGAAAGAACGAGAUCGAGUUUCAGCGGGGAAUGCGUCGCCUGGAGAUCCAAGUCACGAAGACUCCGCGAAGAUGGGAAAAGCAGAAGCCUAUGCAUUCUCUGGGAUCUCCGUGCUCUGAAUUCUAUGCUCCGCUUUUAAGAUACGGCGUGGAUCCGGCACAUAGAAACUAUGUCUCAAAAACCGGACGCAAUGCUUUCGACAUGAGGAUCGACGAACUGGAGAAGAAAGUCAAUAUGAACCAAUUAAAAUGUCCGUUUAGAAAGCUCAAAGAUUGGUCUAAGCCCAAAAAGUAUGACCAAGAGUAUGAGCGGAAUUUCUGCAAAGAGGACAAUCUGCAAAAGCUCUUCGAAUGCUUGAAGGCCCUUAGAACUCAGGCCGACAGGGAGAAAGAGGAACCUAAAUGUCUCAAAAAGCGUCGAAGAAGGGAAUUAGGUAGAGUGGCUUCCCAAAUGACCCUUGCCUAUUUAACCGACCUCUACGAUGUUCAGUCCGAUUCCUCUAAAGAGAGUUCUGAAAAAGGAAUAUCAAUUAGCAAGUAUGCAGGUUUUCUUGAAACUGAGGCGAAUCAAAAUUCAGAAAUUAUAAUGACAAGCUUGAAGAACGAUAGAAAGAGAGAGGGCAUGGAGAACUUGUUAAACAUAUACGAGGGCACCUACGUGGGAUGGGUGAUGCAGUUCCUAUCGGAGGAGAUGGCUCGCCUCUCGGAACUACGUAGACUUCACUUUUUCGCGAUUAUGGCCCAGAAGGAGCGAUGGCGUCGCGAGGCAGCCGAAGCUGGAUUGAGACAGAAGGAGAACGAUAUGAGGCUGAUGUACGAGGAGUUGUUCCAGAACUGCAAUGUGGUCAACAACGAAAUCUCCAACAAAUAUUUCGCACAGAUUUUGAGCUCAGAUAUGUACAAUGUGGCCGACAGCUCAGCUGCAGAGACAGUAAGUGAAUUGGCGCAAAAAAUCGAUACUGAUAUAGAGCGAUGGCUAGAGAGCUUCAAGCAGAUUCAGAACCCCCUCACUUAUGUUCCCCUACGUCUGAUGCUGAACGAUUUAGUCUCCCCCGAUAUGGAUCAAGUGCUCCAGCGCUAUGAGAACGCCCUGAUUGUGCAAUACGUGGUGGAGGAUGUGAUUUUUCAAAGAGUGUGGACUGAACUAGAUCCAUUUGACAUAGCCACCACAUUAACAAGCGAUCUUAUUGAUCGUCUUAUCGACAACGAUUUAUAUCUCAUGUCCACGGAUAGCGAAAGUGAAAUCCCUCAGAGGGCCUCCUGGCGUGAGGCCAAUGCCAUAAUUAGAAAGCUCAUUCGACGGGCAGUUCCCGGAAGACGUUGGCUUGAAGAAAAUGAACGCAUCGUAACCGAAAACUAUAACGAUCUCUUUCACGACUUAUUUGUACAGAUAUUGCAGAACAUGGAAAAUCCUCCCCCUGUUGAAUCCUCCGAUUUAAUCGAUCUUCGGUUGACUCCUUCUCAGGGUGACAUUCGUAGCACGGACAAUAUUCGCGAAAAAGAAAAUAUUAAUAUGGGAAAUAUCUCACUAAAAGGAUCUGACUUUAUGGGACAACAGACGUUGGCCCUAAUUAAAAGAUUCAAGGACGACAACAUCACAGGAGCAUUAGUAAACGUCGAUAAGCCCUUUGCGGAUGAUCCUCCAUCUGGUAGCGACCAGUUUAUAAACUCUCAAAUUAUUACUCCCGUUAGCAACCUAACAAAGGAACCAAGUGCAGUGUUCAGUCUUAGAAGCACUUUGGAUCUUUCGCAAGUUUCAAAUUUAGCAUCCCUUAUAGGCAGGGGCUACAGGGUAAUGCUACCCAGUGAGGUAGAAAAAAAUAUAGAAAACAUUCUUGUAAAAGAGAGCGAAGAAGAAAGAAUAUUAGAGCCCAUCAAAGACAUUGAGGAACAUGAAGUCAGGAAUAAAAUGGAAAAAGAGGAACAUAUUGAUUCGCCGAAAGUCUCAUUUCAUGAAAUGCAAGUGCCAAUAAUCCCUGCAAAGGAAAUAAGCCCGGAAGCUUAUCACCCACCUAUAUUCCUUGGUAAUAAGGAAGAGCAAAUCGCAGAAGAGGAACCAUUACCUUUGGAAAUUACUCCAUUAGAAUUGAAUCUCGAAACUCCCAAAGAAAUUAAAUCCGAUGUUGACCCAAUACCCAAGGAGCUUACACCCAUUUCCUCAGGUUCAAACGAUAUAAAAAUAGCUGACAAGGAAUUAGUACCACCUGAAGGAAAUCGCGAAACUAUUGACUCAACUCCCAAAGAAAUUAAGUCCGUCGUUGACCCAAUACCCAAGGAGCUUACACCCAUUUCCUCAGGUUCCAAGGAUAUAAAAGCAACUGCCAAGGAAUUAGUACCACCUGAAGGAAAUAAGCCUGUCAUGGUCGAAGAAUCAGAUUCCUUUAUUCCACCCGUUCGGUCUUCGGGGUUAAAAAAUUUGACCCCAACGACGGCUUUAUUAAUAACUGAUUCAACUAAAGUCAAGGGAAAAGCAGUACCUAUUAAAAAGGAUCAGCCCAAAACACAAGUACAGGGAAAUGAAGAAGAGGACCAAAUCGAGGAAAGAAGGCAUCGAGGCUCCUUGGGCUCUCACUUCAAUCCCCUUCAAGCAGUGAUUCCCAUUGAAACAAGUGAUGACCAUUUGCCCGUCAAUGAUAAUAUGACAGCAGACCCAAGUAGGAUGUUGUUAGAUCCCGAAUAAUACAAAUAAUACAUAAUUAAUAAGCAUUACAUAUGGCUAAAAUUAAA